AUGACAGUAUGCCUAGGCCGUCUGGCGGCGAAUUUCGUGAAACAAGAGGAAGCGAAGAAGAAGGUGCGGCCUCUACCCAAACUUCGUCCGACGACACUGUGCUUCGAUCUGCCUGGCUUCACCAACCAUCGUCACGUGGUCACCGUCGUCCAGGAGGCGCUCGCGUCGGGAGGCGUUCGCGGUGGCAGAGUGGUGUCGGGACGCGCCCCUAAUAUGAAGCCGCUCGAGGCGGCGGCUCGUACUAUCGCGCGUGCCGUGCAAAGUGGGAGUAAGAUCAUAGUAGAGAAGAGCACCGUACCGGUUCACGCAUCGGAGACCAUCCGCAACAUACUAGAGGCCAACAUGAACCCCGGCUGUUCCUUCCAGGUCCUCGCGAACCCCGAGUUUCUCUCGGAGGGGACGGCCGUGCAAGACCUGAAGUCACCAGACCGUGUGCUAGUCGGCGGAAGUCAGACGGCAGACGGACAGAGAGCCAUAGACGCUCUGGUGGCGAUCUACGAAAGAUGGAUCCCAACCGACAAGAUUCUGAGGACGAACACGUGGUCGUCAGAGCUGUCGAAACUGGCGGCCAACGCCUUCCUGGCUCAGCGCAUCGUCAGCAUCAACGCGAUGUCGGUCGUCUGCGAGGCGACUGGUGCCGACAUUCACGAGGUGAUCCACGCCGUCGGCAGCGACUCGAGGAUCGGCGAGAAGUUCCUGCACGCGGGACCGGGCUUCGGCGGCAGCUUCUUCCACCGGGACCUCCUGUCACUCGUCUACCUGUGCGAGUCGCUGGGAGAGAGCGAAGUCGCAAAAUACUGGCAAAUAGUUUUGGACACCAAUUCAUAUCAGAGAGACAGAUUUACAAAGAAGAUCAUAAAGACGUUGUUCAACACAGUGACAAACAAGUCUAUAGCGAUUUUGGGGUUUGCGUAUAAGAAGAACACCGGCGAUACGAGCCAGUCGCCUAGCAUAGGCGUCUGCAAGCAGCUGCUAGAGGAAGGCGCCCUGCUCAACAUCUAUGAUCCACAGGUGACAGAGGAGCAGAUCGUGAAGGACCUGGGUCGACACGCAGGCUGUAAAUCCGUCACCGUGCACACAAGCGCCUACGACGCUGCAGAAAAGGCGCACGCGGUGGUCGUCUGCACAGAAUGGGACGAGUUCCAAGAGCUGGACUACAACCGCAUCUACAAGAACAUGCUGAAGCCAGCAUUCCUUUUCGAUGGCCGCUCGUUCCUCGACCACAGCUCAUUGCGUAGCGUCGGAUUCCAGGUGGAAUCCAUUGGAAAGCGGUUUACGCGACCACCCGUGAACAGAAUGCACGCUCACUGGCAUGUGUAGUCAUAUAUAAUAGAUAUAAUCCCUAUUAUCUACUCUUGAUAAUAUCAAGAGUACAUAAUAGAGACUAUCUAUUAUGUACUCUUGAUAAUAUAUAUCAAAAUAUUAUUUCACACUGUCGCAGGGGUACCAUAUCACUGCUAUCGUAAACGCAACGCUGGCAGUCAAUGCACGAUUAUUAUUAUUUGUAAUUAUUUCUACCGAGAGGUAGCGCAACGACAUCAUCUUUUAAUUUAAUUACAACAACAUGUCUACGGCUUUUUUUAGAUAUAGUUGUUCAUGUAGGUUCUAUAUAAUGAACUAAGUGCUGUUGGUUUAUGUGAGAGCAUUGACCGUUGCUCGGUGAAGAUGUUUUAGUAGCGAUUCUAAGUCACAACACCAGAUUAUCUCAACAUUAUGUCCCCAGAGACAUUCAUAUACUUACAACCAAGUAUGAUACAACACACCAGUAUUUUCGGUAUAGCUGUUUAGUAGCUAUUUUAUGCAUCUUCGUGUUUUAACACAAAGUAUACGUACAUUCUACGAAUAUGGAAAGGUGGUGUCAAUUGAUUCGAGAACAGACUUGGUGGGACUGUCAGUUUAAAAUUUGUAUCUAUAUAAUAAUUUGAGUAGUGUUGUUCUGUUUGUUCCUGCAUAACUUAUAGGCGUGUGCACGAAUCCGG